CACACCCACACCCACACCCACACCCACACCCACACCCACACCCCCACGCAUACCCACACCCACACCCACACCCUAUUUCAUUCUAAAGUAUUUCUUGUUAUAUCAACACGAUCCAUUGGUUAUCUUAAUAAAAUAUCAAUUAAUUACUUAUUUCUCAUUAAAGUUUAUCUUCAACAAUAUCCAGUUAGUUGUUUAACGACAUUUUGUAUGAUUGUCUUCUUUGUUGAAAGUUGGUGUUUACGUGCAUGUUGUUAUACACCAACCAAUGAAUAUAUGUCAAUGCUUAAUGCCAUGUGGUGUUUCAUUAUAACAUUUACUACUAUUGGUUAUGGAGAUUUCGUACCAUCUACAUAUUGUGGACGAACUAUUGCAGCUAUAAUUGGUUUGUUUGGCAUCCUUGCAAGUGCUCUUCUUAUUGCUGUUCUUACACAAAAACUUUUGUUGAAUCGAUGGGAAAAAUAUGUACAUAAUUUUGUAUUGAAUGUAGGAUUGGCAAAAGAACAUAAAAUGCAUGCAGCAAAUGUUAUUAAAUUUGCAUUUCAAGUUUGGUAUUUGAAAAAGAUAAAUAUAUCCGAAUCAUCUAUUCAGUAUCUUCAAGCACAACAACGAUUAUUUCAUGCGAUACAUUCCCUUCACGAAGUUAAACAAAACGAAGAACAAUUAGUUGAUAAUUGUGUUGAUCAAAUUGAUGUAAUCUCUGUACAACGUCAUACAAAUGCUCAAAUAUAUGAAAUUUCAGAGAAAUUUGUUGAGAUGAAAUAUGAAGGAACACUCGAUUUGGGUACUGAUCAAGCACAACAUGGUCAAUAUUAG